AUGAGUCCUAGUCCGGUAACAUCAGUGUUGAAGAGGAAGGCCGGUGAAGAAGGUGAGGAAUCAGCUUUCGAACACUUCCAACUUUUGCUAAUGAGAUUCGGGAUAGAUGUGAUGUGUGGAUCGAAGUCAGAGGAUAAGGAAAACGCAAACAUAGAGAAGAAAGCAAAGGUUGACGCUUCUUCAAAUACCUCAUUAGUCGAAUUGAAAGGUCGAAAACUCAUUUUCAAACAAGAGGCAUUAUCUCGCAAACUGCCAAGAAGACAGUUACUAAAUUUCGAAGGAUGGCUGCUCGAUGAGGUAGAAGCGGGUAAAAAGAUCACGGAAGUCCCUGAAGAGUUUUGGGGAUUGAUAGUAAUGGCCGGACAUGAACUAUCGUCAAGUAAUGAAAGUCUUUUCGUCAAAAAUCUGAAAUCUGCUUUGGAUGUGGUGAAAAGUGGUCAAGAUCCACUCCCAAAUGAAGCUGUCAUUCCUCUUAUACCUAAACUGUUCACUUUGAAACAAUACGGCUUCCUUCCUUCGGAUUUCUCUCCUUCCACCUCAACUGUGAAGAUACCAGCAGCACUACAAAUACGCUCUUGGGAAGCCAAUGAUCUGGAGCAGCAUUUCCCCGCGGAUCAAAUUGACGAAUUGAUAACCAGAACAAGGAUGAGAGAGCAAGCAAGGGAAGAUUGCUUGAGGAUAUUAGAUGGUUUAGACGACAUUGAGAAGAUAGAACUAAUUAAGGGGGACAAGGAUAAGGGCAAAGAUGUGAAAGAGGUAAAGGAGAUAAAGGACAAGGUAGUCAAGGAAGAUCUAGUCCCAGAAUCGCCUCGCGUGGAUAGUAGGAAAAGUAGAGAAGGGACCGCCAAUACGGUUGAUUCGUCAAGAAGGAGCGCCUCUCCUACAAAGAAAACUAAAAUGACACCCGAAGAGGAGGAAGCUGCUAGGCUCAGGAAAGAAGAAAAGGAAGCUAAGAAAGCUGAGAUUGUUGAAAAGAGAGCUGCGAAAGAAAGGGAAAAGGAGAGACGAGAUGCUCUUGUGGCCAAGCAACAAAGAACAAUGAUGGGAUUUUUCAAAACCAAACCUCCUACACCUCUCAUCAGCAGAGCUAGUCCAGCGGGUCCAUCUAGUCUAAAAGGCGACGAUGUUUCUCCCGUCAAGAGUAAAGGUAGUGACUAUGCCAGAACAUUUCGACUCAUGCCUCAAAGACCGCAUGUUCACAUCGCUGAGAUGAAUCGAUGGGUACCAAAACGAGAGUUAGACUCAGGAGAAGGUUCAUCAAAAGCAAGUAGUACCUCAGAAGUGGAUAGUUGGCAAGCCAAUGAUUUCAUCGACGAACAUCUACGAAGACACGGCAAGAGUACGCGUUCAUCUCGACGUCAUCUUAUCAAGGGCCUGAAGAUCAUCCCUCCGCAUGGUACAGUGGCGGACGUCUACAGUACUCUGGAGGAUGCGGAAGACCCCCGUGCGGUAUUAAGUCAAUUGAAAGACAGAAACAAAUUUCCCUGGAAAGUCCUUGCUUUCGAUCAACAGACCAGACCCCCUUACUGUGGCACCUUCACCAAGAAGUCCGUGGUAGUCGGACCUCGAACGCCCUUCGCUCAAGAUCCUAUUUUCGACUAUUCCUACGAUUCAAGCGACGACUGGGUGGACGAUGAAGGCGGAGAAGACGUUGAUGAUUUUGGUGAAGGAGAACCCAAGGAGGAUGAGGAGGAUGAAGAUGACGACGAGGACGAAGGGGAAUUCGACGAUUGGCUGGAUGACGCUGAGGAUGUAGAUUUCACGCCUGUUGAAGGUGAAAGCACUCCACAAGCUGAACCUGAACAGGCUAGAUUACCAAUGAAAGUGGUGAAAAAAUCGAGAGAAGUGCCGAAAAAGGUUGUUAAGCUCACUCCAAGUUGGAAAGGACCCGUUUGGGAGAGUAUUAUUGGAGAAGAGGGUACGAAUGGAUUAGAGGGGUAUAGAAUACAGUUGUUGAACGAAACACCUCACUCCAUCGACCCAUUCACAUUCAAAUCAGAUGAACCUGAACAGCGCUUCAAGGCUUCCUUCAGUUCCACCGUCAUCGGUGCUACUCUCAAUGUCCGCUGCCUACUUUCCGUAGAAGCAAUUUUCACUCCAUCCGCUCCACCAGUCCCCGAAAAACCAAAAUCUGUGCCAAACUCAUCAUCGAUUGACUCCAAACCUAUAUAUGCUUCCACAUCAUCAACAGCCGUCAAUGGCGACGUCACACCUCAAUCCCGCUCACGAGCUGCAGGACCUAAAGUUGGUUUCCCAGAAACACACGUCGCGGAAUUGUAUCAACUCAUCGAAGGAAGCAAGAAAAUUAAACCUGAUUUGGUAUCGCAAUUGAGGGAGAGCUUCGAAAACAUAGCUACUAAAGCUGCUAUCGAAGCAAAACUGAAAGAAGUUGCAGUAAGAGAAGGUAAAACCAAGGAUAGCCAAUGGAAAGUCAAACCUGAAGCAUGGAUCGCCAUCGGAAUGACACCACCUACUCCCACGCCUACGCCUACGCCGGUACCAGCACCUACAAUCGUACCUGUGCCUGCGACCAAACCAGUCACAAGCUUUUUUAGCUCUCCGACUCCAACUUCAGCUCCACCUUCACAGACAAAUGGAACAAAAGAGAAAUCACUAGCUGGAACCAUUGACGAACCAAUGAUCAUCGAUGCAUAG